GCGCCGCCGCCGCCGCUUCCUAGAUAUAGGCGAGUGCGAAGAGGCACUUGCAGUCACUUGGUGAGCGCGGCGCUGCUCGGGUUUGGGGGGCUGGAGUUUUUUUUUUUUUGGAGGGGGGUGUCUUGGCGUUUCUCGCUUUUCCUCCGUCGUCGCUGCUGUUGUGUCUUUGAAGGGAGAGACUGGCGAGCCAGCGAGGAAGAGACGCCGGAAUACAGCAGCUGAGGCGGCGGGCAAAGUACAACCGCUGGAGCCGGCUUUUUCCGAGCCGCCGCACCUCUAACUUGGGAACUGUCCACCUCCUGAAAAUGAACCUGCUGGCCAUUUACCUGCUCGGAUUGUUCCUCAGUAGCGGGCAAGCGCUUCAAGUAUCAAUUUCCCUCAGCAAGGUAGAAGUUAGUGUGGGUGUAUCCAAAUUCUUCACAUGCACAGUAAUUGGUGAGCCUGAGAGUAUAGAUUGGUACAACCCACAAGGAGAGAAGAUUAUUUCCAAUCAAAGGGUGGUAGUACAGAAGGAAGGUGUUAGAUCACGGCUAACUAUCUACAAUGCCAAUGUAGAAGAUGCUGGAAUAUACAGGUGUCAGGCAACAGAUUCAAGAGGAUUAACUCAAGAAGCUACUGUUGUUUUGGAAAUUUACCAGAAGCUCACAUUCCAAGACAUUGUAUCACCUCAAGAAUUCAUACAAGGAGAAGAUGUACAAGUCAUUUGCCGUGUUACUAGCUCACCUGCACCUAUUGUCAGUUGGUUGUAUCAAAAUGAGGAAAUCUCAAAUAUUGCUGACAAUAGAUUUGCCAUGUUGCCUAACAAUAAUCUUCAAAUUCUUAAAAUCAAUAAAAGUGAUGAGGGGCUUUACAGAUGUGAAGGAAGAGUAGAAGCCAGAGGAGAAAUUGACUUUCGGGAUAUUAUUGUACUUGUAAAUGUUCCUCCAAUUAUUACAUUGCUCCAGAAAUCCUUUAAUGCUACAGCAGAUCGAGGAGAAGCAAUUACUUUGUUCUGUAAAGCUGUAGGUUCUCCUGAACCUGAAAUCAACUGGUAUAGAAAAGGAAAACGUAUUGAGGAAAGUGACAAGUAUGUAUUGAGAGGAAGCAAUACGGAACUAACAGUCAGGGACAUAAAAAAUAUUGAUGCAGGUCCCUAUAUCUGUGAAGCAAGGAAUAAAGCUGGAAAGAUGACAAAUCAGACGUACCUACAAGUUUUUGUACAGCCUCAAAUAAUGCAACUUAAAAAUGAAACAACCUUUGAAAAUGGUCAAGCUACUCUCAUCUGUGAAGCAGAAGGGGAACCGGUUCCUGAAAUUACUUGGAAGAGAGCCAUUGAUGGAAUAACAUUCUCUGAAGGUGACAAGAGCCCAGAUGGCCGUAUAGAAGUCAAAGGACAGCAUGGGAAAUCAUCACUGCACAUUAAAGACGUGAAGUUGUCAGAUUCAGGAAGAUACGAUUGUGAAGCUGCAAGUAGAAUUGGUGGGCAUCAAAAGAGCAUGUAUCUUGAUAUUGAAUAUGCGCCAAUCUUUGUAUCAAAUCAAACAAUAUAUUAUUCUUGGGAGGGAAAUCCCAUCAAUAUAAGUUGUGAUGUUUUAGCUAAUCCAUCAGCAUCUAUUCACUGGAGACGGGGAAAAUUGGUUUUACCUGGAAGAAACACAACUCAUUUAAAGACCCACAGUGCUGGAAACAAGCUGAUAUUGGAGGUUGCUCCCACAUCUGACUAUGAUUUUGGACGAUACAACUGUACAGCCACAAACAGAAUAGGAACACGAUAUCAAGAAUAUGUCCUUGCUUUGGCUGACGUACCAUCUAGUCCACAUGGAGUGAAGAUUGUAGAGGUAUCACAAACUUUUGCUAAGGUGUCUUUCAAUAAACCAGAUUCACAUGGAGGUGUCCCAAUUCAUCAUUACCAAGUGGAUGUGAAAGAAGUUACAUCAGAAAUAUGGAAAGUUGUUCUGUCCCAUGGAGUUCAGACAAUGGUUGUUCUUAGCAAUUUGGAACCAAAUACAACAUAUGAAAUCAAGGUUGCUGCGGUAAAUGGAAAAGGGCAAGGAGAAUAUAGCAAAAUUGAAAUAUUUCAGACCUUACCAGUUCGUGAACCAAGCCCUCCAUCUAUUCAUGGGCAACCAGGCAGUGGCAAAAGCUUCAAAUUGAGCAUAACAAAACAAGAUGAUGGAGGAGCACCUAUUUUGGAAUAUAUUGUCAAAUACAGAAGUAAAGAUAAAGAAGACCAAUGGCAGGAGAAAAAAGUUCAAGGCAAUAAGGACCACAUUAUUCUAGAACAUUUGCAAUGGACAGUGAGCUAUGAAGUGCAAAUUACUGCAACCAACAGGCUGGGGUAUUCAGAACCAACUUUAUAUGAGUUCGUCAUGCCACCAAAGCCCAAUAUUAUUACAGAUACCUGCUGUGAAGCUCGUAAAGGUGGAAAUGGAAGCCAGUCACGGCAGCUGAAUGCUGCUGGAUUUCUUUUCCUCAUAGUCACAAGUCUAUGGUGUGCAUUUUGAUACUAGGGGUGAACCAAGCAGAAUGCAAUGUCUUGUUUUCCUCUCUGAACUUUUUCUUUAAGGGGAAAUAAGGCUUGGAUAAUAUUGACUUUUCCGAACCUCCAUUAAAGCAUUUAUUAUGUUACACCAACAUGAAAGAAAUUGAAGAAGCUAUGCAUGCAUUUUUCUCACAAGUGGCUUUUUCAUCAGAGAAGCUCUAAGACCAUUUUCACAAGUGAUGCUUUACAUGUUAUGCAUUCCCUAGUUCUGUGAUUUGAAUGUAAAUCUUCAGCAUCUAGAAAUGGACUCCAUUUGCAGAUCAAAAGUUACACUUCCCAGGUUGCAAUGCAUUCUUAGUGUCACUUGUGGAAAAAGUUUCCAUCUUAUGUCAAACACACAACUUACAGUUAGCUGCAUAUACCAUGGCUUGGAGUAAAAUAUUGUCAUAUUGUCUCAAUUCUGUUUCUUUGCAGAAAAUUGCAGUUAUUUGUGAGCUUAUGAAUAUCUAUAUUGUUUUUAAUUUCUGAUUUGAACCCUUCCAUUAGAAUAUGUUGGCUUCAUGUAUACUACUAUGCAUAUCACUGUGCCUUUAUUCAGAUGUAUUUAUAUGCUCUUUGUUCCUUUCUACAAUGUCAAUUUUAAUAAUUGAAGUUUAGCCCCCUUUUAGGGGGUCCCUAAGCAUAAAUGCGAAUUCUAAUACCCAAUUGAAAAACACUCUGUCUGCCCAGCAAGUGUUUCUCCUCCAUUUAUGGUUUGUCUAUACAUUCUUGUAACUGACAUUAUAAGGAUUAUGAAAUUGUCUUUAUUAUGUUUUAUUAUUAUGUAAUUAAAUUUGUCAUUAAAGUCCUUGGGGGAGGCCCAGUGCCCCAUAUACUUACUAGAAUGAAAGUAGAACUUUUGACUGAGUAUUUAUGGAUAAUGGCAAAAAUCAAGUAGUGUACCUCUAACUGCACAACAGAAAUUAUGCCAGAAGCAAAAAACAUUACUGCUAAAAUUAAAGGCUUUGUUUUUCUGUUUGGGAGUGUGGUUGACAUGCACUUCCCCCCAUUGAUAAAGGAAGUAUUCAAUAAGCAGCAAUCUACUAUUGACAAGAACAUCACUAUAGCAUAGGCCAAAUCCCCCCAACAGGUUUUUGACCAGUAGUUUAGUUUUAUGCAAUUUAAAAACAAGCAACUAUUUCUCCCUAUUUCUCCCUCUAAUGAUUCUCCUUUGCCUUUCCUUCCUACUGCAAUUUUUUACACAACAAAAACAUCCCUUAGAAAAUUAUCACAAGACAAAUAGGUUAGGGUACAUCCAUGUGUGCUGAUCUUGCACUUCUAGAGA